AUGGAUAAGAAAUCUCACAAUCUCUACAUGGAGCCUGAACGAAGCCUUUACUUAAUCAGCCUAGUAGAACAAAAUUCCUGCCUGUGGGAUAGGCGGAAUGCAUUGUACCGAAAUACGUAUCACCUCGCCGAUGUGUGGGAGAGAAUAGCAGAAGAAAUAGGGGAAUCUUCCAAUUUUUGCAUCAGAAAGCGGAAGUCUCUCCAGGCUUCGUAUCGGACAAAUAAGCAAAAAUAUCAUAAAACCAUGGUGACGGGGAGCGCUGCUAGUUCGGUUGCUAAACCGGCAUGGUACGCGUCGGCCAUGUCGUUUCUGCGGGACACCUUUGACGCGGGGUCCUCAACCGACACGGUUUACCAACCCCAGGAGCUUCAACAACCCAAAUCAACGACAACAUCUACCUCGAAAGUGCCAACACAAGACCAACAAGAACUCUUCCGACCGAUAGCAGGACUAUCGCAAAGAAAAUACAAGCCACCGAUAACUACAACCACUCUGCAAGUGUCCUUCCUUCCUUCUCCAUCGGCGGCCUCUGCGGCUGCAAUGGCGGCCCCUCCGGCUCCAGCGCCGCCCACUCCACCGCGCAUCAGGGCGCAAAACCUGAAGCGCCGAUGGAAUGAGCUAAACUUAACCUACAAUGAGGAGGCAAUGAAAACGGUCAGUGGUCUGAAGCAAUUGCAGGAACAAUUAUGUGGAGCUCUGUUUAAGCUCGAAACAGAAGGAUCAAAAUUCGGGACGAUGGCGGCCAAGAAGCUGGACAGCUAUUCCCCACUGCGCAGGAAGAAGCUAAUUUUGCAAUUCGAGAAGCAAUUGGAGGCAGAGGAUGGGAAUCGGCUUUUUGAAAAGCAUGGGAUCCGCCUAGAUUAG